AUGUAUUCUCCAGGAAAUCUUUCGUCAUUUUGUGACUUAAAAUUACCACCUUUGAUAUUCCCCACACCGCCCACACCUUCUGCUUCCGCCUGCUCCUCCUCAACUUCCUCUCCUAUAUGUCCUACUUCUCCUAUACGCCCUACUCCUAUACGUCCUAUUCCUAUACAACCUGAUUUAACUCCACGCCGAAUCCCUUUACCAUUACUACCUACCUUCUCUUGUUCUCAAAACCCUCCUUCCAUUACCUCAAAUAAUCAUCACCAUAAUUCAGAACUCCCUUGUAAUUCCAUUAAUUCCGUAGAUACUUUUACAACUUACUUAGUCACUCCUUUGCAAAAUAAAACCUUUCUACAGGUGAAGGAAGUCACUUGUGAAGAAUGUGGAAAAGUAUACCGGGGAAAGAACUCCCGAUCAAUCCUGCGUCGCCACCUUAAAGAAAAACAUAAAAUUGAACCGCCCCGUGGAACUCGUUGGGAUAAUGACCCCAACCGUCCUAAAAAUGACGAGGAAAGACGUCAAAGGAUGUUGGAGUCUAAGAGAAGGUCGGCACAAAAAGCCAGGGCAAGGAAGAAACAGCUCGAACAACAAAAAGCAUCCAAUGUCACUCCUUUAAAUACUUGGACGGUCUCGACUCCAACAUCCUUCACAUCCUCCACUUCCUCAAUAAAAUCCACAGCCAUCUCCUCCUCCAUAAGAUCCGACUCUAUCUCCUUCCCACUCUUCAUUAACUAUCGUAUAACGUCUUAUCCUUCUUCUACUCCUUCGAUCUCCUCCCUCAACAUUAAUACCGAUAAACAUCAUUUAUGCAAUUCGUGUUCUUCACCAAUUCACUAUCAUAUGUGA